AUGCGAGAGGAAGCGCCGGUGCACGAUCAUAGGGCUGCAUCACUAUGGCAAAGUGAGUUUGCGGAGGACAGAUCGUUUGAUCCACCCUAUCGACCUUCAAUGGCAACAUUUGAUCACCGCAAUUCAGAAAGGAGAUCUGCCGAUCAGGGAGCUCCAUCACGAUUUUCAAGGGAGAAUGAAGCACUGCGCUUAUCAGCAAGGACGGUUGCAUCUCCGUUCACUGAUGAAAUCCUAAACGCUCCUAAUCCGAAGAAGUUUUCCAUGCAGAUAUUCAUUCUGUUUGAUGGAACAACCGACCCGGUUGACCACAUCUACCACAUUCAGUUGAAAAUGGCUUUGAAUACUAACAAUGAUCCUUUGAUGUACAAAUGCUUCCCUACAAGUUUGGCUGGGCCAGCCCUUAAUUGGUUUAAGAAUCUGGCCCAAGGCUCAAUUGCUAGUUUCCAGGACUUGUGUGACAAGUUCAUAAGCCAGUACUAUGGGAAUAAACGCCCGGCUAAGGAUGUUUCAAGCCUUUUCACAAUGAAGCAGCACGAAGAUGAACAACUCCAAGCUUUCCUCACCCGGUUCAACCUUGUCAAAAGCAUGGUAAUGGAUUGUCAUCCGUCCAUAGCGGUCCAAGCGUUUAAACUUGCAAUGAACCGAGGGACACCGUUCCACACAAGCCUGGUGGUGAAUACGCCGAAGACCAUGGACGAGCUGAACGAGAGAGCUGACGGUUUUGUGCAUCUGGAAGAAGAAAAGGCAGCUAAUGCAAGGAAGACAUCAAUUAUUUCAACAGAAGAGAAGUCUAAAGCCAAGAUCCGGCAAAAACAAGUUCAGCCGCAACGUCAGACCUCCUGGAAAGCAGAGAAGAGGCCCAGAGAAGAGGAGUUGGUUACUCCACUCAGAGUUACCCUAGCAAGUGACUUUGGACAUCAGACUAAUAAAUGCAAGAACCUAAAGAGGCAAGUGGAGAUGCUGAUCGCAAAGGGGGAAUUUGCAGGAUAUGUUCAAGGUCCGACAGCGGAGUCGGAGGAACUGCUCAGAACGCGAUUACGCCAGGCCCAGCUGAAGAGAAGGAUUGGCAGUGUACAUGUUUUGCAUCAGCAGAACGCAUCGGCACAGAUAAAGUUUGACAGAACAGACCUGUUACGCGUUCAGGUUCCUCAUGAAGAUCCACUGGUCGUCAGUCUGACAGUUGCAGAAUGUCUAGUGCGAAGAGUUCUGAUUGAUCUAGGAAGUAGUGCAAAUGUCAUGCCCAGAGUAACGUUCGAUUGGCUCGAGAUCGAACCCGGGAAACUUAAACCUACAGGAAAUCCGUUGCUAAGAUUUGAUGGGAAGCGGGUGAAGCCCAUUGGUAUGGUGGAAUUGACAGUACAAGCUGCUGAGAGAGUUCUGACUAAGAGUUUUGUGGUCGUAGAAAUUCAUCCAUCUUAUAACCUCUUGAUAGGAAGAGGGUGGAUUCACAGAGUUCAGGGUGUCCCAUCAACCUUACAUCAAGUGAUGCGAUGCUUGGGUCCAGGUGGGACCAAGGUGAUUGACAUUCAUGGGACCAAGUCGCAACUAAAGAAUGUUAUUCAGUGGCUUUGA